UUGUUUUAGAAAAUAAAUCCAAGGUCUUAAAGGGAUACACGAAAAUCUACUAAAAUAAUGUACAGCUCAAAUAAAACUUUAAAAAAACUAAGGAAUAAAAUAAUUCAUUACUGAUGUUAGUACAGUUCAAUACAGGAAUGCCAUUUUAUGUGAAUAACUUAAGUUCUAAAGUGAAUCCUGAAAGAAACAGAUAUUCAGUGCUUACUAUGCCUCAUUUCUUAGGAAAAAUAGAAAAUGCAUAAUUCUUAGAAUUUAUAAAACUUCUUUAUUUGGGGGGAUAAGGGAAAACUUCCCACAACUGUCAAGGUAAAAGGUAUUCAUAUAAAAAGAUAGAAAUAAUUUUCUAAAGUGAAGGUUGACUGAGCUUACGCAUAAAAUGGUUGCAUGCUGGUGGGCUUUUGAACAUUUUCACAAGGAAUCGGAGGGAUGGCAUAUAGAAAAAAGAAAGAAAAGGGAAAAAAAAUUAUUACCACAUGCAGAAAAAAAAAAUACAACCUCAACCAAUUGUACCACGACCGGAUGGAGGAGCCCAGCUGACAUACAAAGACGAGUCUCUGUGUUUAGGGAAGCUUGGGGUUCUGCUCCUUUUACUGCAAGAGAGCCUGACCUCAAUUAAUGCAAUUUUUGAAGCAUGGACUGAAUGAUUCAGUUGCCAGCAAGUCAAACUACAGUGAAAGGUUGUUUCCAUUGCCAAAUAGCAGUUUCCAAGUGUGCUGUUGGGAUGGAACACUGCAUUCCAGGAAAAAUCUGAAGAUAUAAAAGCUACACACAAGGAACAUGUCAUUUAGCACCUCCGGUUUUUGAUCCCUACACCGGACAAUGAGAAGUCACAUGGUAACAAUGAUGACCACUUCAGCCCGCAGCUGGCCUUCCACCUCCCAGAAAGUGAGCCCUAUGACUAAUCACAGCACCCAAUUGCUGAACAGCACAGGAGAGGCAGAUAAUGUCACCUGUUCCAUGGAUGAGAAACUACUCUCGAGCGUGUUAAUAAUAUCCUACUCUGUUAUUUUCAUCGUGGGACUGGUUGGAAACAUAAUUGCCCUCUAUGUAUUUCUGGGUAUACACCGCAAAAGAAAUUCCAUACAGAUUUACCUACUGAACGUAGCCAUUGCAGAUCUCUUACUGAUCUUCUGCCUGCCUUUCCGAAUAAUGUAUCACAUUAACGGGAACCAGUGGACACUCGGUGUAAUCCUUUGCAAGGUUGUGGGAACACUAUUUUAUAUGAAUAUGUACAUUAGCAUUAUUUUGCUUGGAUUUAUCAGUUUGGAUCGCUACAUAAAAAUUAAUCGGUCUAUACAACAACGGAGGGCAGUAACAACCAAACAAAGUAUUUACGUUUGCUGUACGGUAUGGACAGUUGCUGUUGCUGGAUUUUUAACCAUGAUUACUUUAACCCUUAAGAAAAGAGAUCAUAAUUCCACAGUGUGUUUUCAUUAUAGAGAGAAGCAUAAUGCCAAAGGAGAAGCAAUUUUUAACUAUGUUCUUGUGGUAAUGUUCUGGCUAAUUUUCUUACUAAUAAUCCUUUCAUAUAUUAAGAUCGGCAAGAAUCUACUGAGGAUUUCCAAAAGGAGGUCAAAAUUUCCCAAUUCUGGUAAAUAUGCCAAAACAGCCCGGAAUUCCUUUAUUGUACUUAUCAUUUUUACUGUAUGUUUUGUUCCCUAUCAUGCCUUCCGAUUUGUCUAUAUAUCUUCACAGCUAAAUAGGCCGUCUUGCUAUUGGAAGGAUAUCAUUCACAAAACCAACGAGAUCAUGUUGGUUUUCUCAUCUUUCAAUAGCUGCUUAGAUCCAGUCAUGUAUUUCCUGAUGUCCAGUAACAUCCGCAAAAUAAUGUGCCAACUUCUUUCUAGACGAUUUCAAGGGGAAGCAAGCAGAAGUGAAAGCACUUCAGAAUUUAAACCAGGAUACUCCCUGCAUGAUACAUCUGCUGCAGCUAAAAUUCAGUCUAUUUCUUAAAGCGCUUGAGGUAAACACAUUAAAAAGGAUGAGAAAAUACAACCUCUUAAUUCCAUAAAGAACUAAAAAUUCUGAAACAAAGCUUUAGCAUUUGCAAAGCUCAGAUCUGCUCAAAGCUCUUUGCUUAUUUGUGAUAUUUCAUUUGCUUAGUUGUAAACUAUUUCAAAGGAAAGAAAAGCUUAUACUCAUCACUAGAUUUUAAAUCUGUAUGUAAAGUCUUUUCAAAAUAUGCUGUUAGGCUAACACUCUUAACAUAGAUUAUAAAGUUAAGUGAAAUAUAUGGUUUUAACAGAAUAAUUAAAAUGUCAUGGUUUCUCAAGUCACUAAUGUAGUUACUCAAAAUCAAGCACUUAAUACUAAUUUAAAGUGUGUUUAAAAGUAAGUUAAAUGAUUGGCAGACUGACAAAAAUGUCAGAAAAUGUAUGUUGUCAUUUAAAAAGCCUGUAUAAUUUGCUACUAUAUUCAUUUAUGCCUAAACCUUUAUAACAGAUGAAAUAAUAAAAUUCUAGUUAAAAAAUGAAAUCACCCAUUAUCACUGUUUAGAUCAAAUAGAAAGAAUUUAAAUACUGUACAGUAAAAUCAAACAGCAGAUGAGCUAAGAAUCUGAUACCUUGCAACAGGACUUGAACCCACACCUUACUUAAAACAGAUUUAUAAGUGACUCAGCCAUCCUGGACCAUGCUUUGAUAGAGGAAAAUUGAAAACAGGCACACCCUAUGAUCCACCAAGUCUGAUACUAGGUAUACCUCUGACAGAACCACUCAAACAGGUUUACAAGAAAACUUUUACAUAAUGAUGCUCAGUGAACUGUUGAUGAUAUCAAACAACUGGAAACAACCUAAGUUAGGUAUCCGUCAGCAAAGGCAUGGAGAAAUAAACCGUUCACAAAACGGAGUAUUACACAGCGCUUCAAUGAAAUGAACUACACCUGCAUGCAUCAACGUGGAGAAUUAUCGAAAACAAUGUUGAAUAGAAAUCUCCCGCCAAAACCCAACUGCAAAAAGGUAUACAUCAUGUCAAAUCAUUUAUGUAAAAUACAAAAACACAUGAAAUACCAUAUUCUUUAUGGAUCUAUAAAUAUGCAAUAAAAUUACAAAAUGUGCAUAAUAUACAUAGCAUAACACACCAACUUAAUGGUUACAGCUGGAGAGAUUUGAAGCAAACAUGGAAAAUGUUAAUGUCUGUUAAACCUGUGUGAUAGUACUUGGGUAUUUGUUAUAUUAUUUUUGGUAUAUUGCUGAGUGUUUGAAGUAUUAUAAUAAAGAAAACUUACAGAUUAGAAUUAAAG